GACAACAAUCCGGGUCGAGCUCAGCUGUUUGAGCGCGCCGGCUUCUCCGGGAAGAAGAUGGAGAUCCAGGACGACAUCCCGAAUCUGAUGAGCCGCUACAGCCUCAACAGAGUCGCCUCCAUCCGCGUGCUCGGAGGAGCCUGGGUGGUGUAUCAGGAGCCGAACUACAGAGGACCUCACUACGUUCUGGAGAAACGCGACUACAACAACUUCUCUGACUGGGGCAGCCAGAACAGCACUGUGGGCUCGAUGCGCAGAGUCCGCUUCAACUGA